UAUUAUGUUAAAGCCGAGACUCCUUCGUCCGUGAAAGCAAAAGGAGCAGUCAAGAUCGAUGGCCCGUCAAGCCUCGAAACUAAUCGGCGACUUGUCGCGGCGCCUCCUGCAGGUGCAGCAGCGCCGGAGUUUCGGAUCGCCGCCUCCUGCGCCGGCCGUCUUCGUCGACAAGAACACGCGCGUGAUUUGCCAAGGGAUCACCGGAAAGAAUGGCACUUUUCACACGGAGCAGGCCAUCGAAUACGGUACCAAAAUGGUUGGAGGAGUUACUCCAGGAAAAGGUGGAUCAGAGCAUUUGGGACUCCCUGUUUUCAAUUCUGUGGCAGAAGCGAAAGCCGAAGCAAAAGCAAAUGCAUCUGUGAUCUAUGUUCCUCCACCCUUUGCUGCUAAAGCCAUCAUGGAGUCUUUGGAGGCUGAACUAGAUCUGGUGGUUUGCAUCACUGAGGGAAUACCUCAGCACGACAUGGUCCGUGUGAAGGCUGCUCUUAAUAAGCAGUCAAAAACACGACUCAUCGGUCCUAAUUGUCCUGGCAUUAUCAAACCUGGGGAGUGUAAAAUUGGAAUAAUGCCUGGAUACAUUCACAAGCCAGGACGUAUUGGAAUUGUUUCUCGAUCUGGUACAUUGACUUACGAAGCGGUUUUCCAAACAACUGCUGUCGGCCUUGGACAGUCAACGUGCGUGGGCAUUGGUGGGGAUCCAUUCAAUGGGACAAAUUUUGUGGAUUGCAUGGAAAAAUUUCUUGUAGAUCCACAAACAGAAGGCAUCGUUCUCAUCGGUGAGAUAGGUGGCACUGCAGAAGAGGACGCCGCCGCCCUCAUAAAGGCAAGUGGGACUAACAAGCCGAUCGUUGCUUUUAUUGCCGGACUUACUGCACCACCAGGUCGAAGAAUGGGCCAUGCAGGAGCUAUUGUGUCGGGCGGGAAAGGCACUGCGCAGGACAAGAUCAAGACGCUACGAGAAGCUGGGGUCACCGUGGUCGAGUCUCCUGCCAAGAUAGGCACUGCCAUGCUCGAAGUAUUCAAACAGAGGGGCCUUGCUUGAGCAGCAGCCGUCGAGCUUUCUUCCAAUAAUAAUUUUUUGCCGUGAGAAUCAGAUCGAUGAUCCAUUUGUCCAAUCCCGAGUCGGCUUGGGUCGGUUCGAGUUAGAGUUGAGUUGCAAUAAAGGAGGCAUAACAAACCUGUUGUAACUGGAUUUUCUCUCUGGGAAAAUGAUGUUUGCAGCUUCUUGGGAGGACUCAUAAAUUUCUAUAUUAAGAUAGGAACGCUUUAUUGUUUCCACACCUUACCUUGUUUGCAAUGGACAAAAGGUUUACAUUGCUAUUGAAUAUCCCAU